AUGUUGCGUGUCGAAAGCCUUCUAAGCUCCAUUCCUGUUGGUGCUGAUCCGUAUGACUACAUCAAACAUUCCAUUCUGAAGUGGGGUUCCGUGCCGCUAUGCCGAGCCGCCUUAGUAUCCUUGGUAGUUAUUUUGAUUCUACACGCAUUUAUUGCCGCAACUUGUUUGCUCCUCUUGACACUGCCAUGCAUUCGACCACUGAAACCAUCCCCAUGGUAUCUGAGAAAGUUGUAUAUUGAAGAUCACUCCAGCGGAAAAGCUCAUCAAGUACCAUUGUACUUCGCCAAUGCUGGAGUUUUAUUGACCACUUCCCAACUGUUGAGUUCUGCAAGUACUUCAGCUUUCAUUUGGUUUGACAUCGGGGCCGCUUUGCCAGGCGAACACCUCUUCGGCAGUCGGGCUUUACCUGCUGUUGGUUUAAUGAAUCUGGCCGAAACUUUUGCCUACUGGAGUCUGUCACAUUGUUUCUUGGUGAUUACGAUCUGCCAUGGUAACAAAAAACAACAAGAGAAAUCGAUGGCUUCAAUCAGACACAUUCCACCACAAUUGAUAAACUUCAUCUUCACCUUUGUUCCGAUUGCUGCGAUGGUCAUUACCAUCUUUGUCAUUGCGUGGGUGACUCAAGUCACCAGUGAAAUUCAAUCUUACACCAAGCAGGGGUUAACGGCAUUGGAUCAAGGGUCUUCAAUUUGGAAGCAGCUUCAAGUCACACCUCAAUCUUUGGAGGCACAGGCCCAGCUUCGUGGAAUAACUAUGCAGUUGGCAAGCCUGUUCCACAAUGCGUUCCCUCGUCUGGAAGUUGCUUUUUAUCGUUUUCGCCUUGGUGAAUGCCUGUUCUUGUCCUUCGAAUCUAUAAGCUGCCCAACAAGCCGGAAGAUCGCCUUGGGCAUCACUCACGAAGCUCGCUCUUGGGCACAUAUCCAAAUUCGCUCCAGAUAUUUGUCGCUUCGUUCUGGAUACUCGUCCAUAUAA